GUGAUAACUAUCAUGUAGUUAGUUGUAUUGAUAACCCAAACCCUUUAGACCAUUUAUUUGGUGGAAAAACUGUUCAGAAUAAAAUUCCAAAUUAUAAAGAUAAAGACUCAAUAUCGAAUUUAGCUAAAAUGAGUUAUGACGCAUAUAUUGAGUUGUCAAAAGAAGCUGAUUGGAUUGAUUUAGACGAAAAUUGGGAGAAACUACCAUUUGGCUGGGAAGAUGUGGGUUUGCGAGGUUACGUAUUUGCAGAUCCAGAUAAUUCUACAAUUAUAAUAGCAUUCAAAGGAACUAGUUUAUAUUUAGUAAACGGUGGUGGUCCGACUGCUUCUAAGGAUAAGCUUAAUGUAAGUUUACGUAAAGCCUUGGGAAUAGGAUCAAAUGAUAACCUUAUGUUCUCAUGUUGUUGUGCAAAAAUUGAUUUCACCUGGAAAGGCGUAUGCGGUUGUCGUAUGGAUAAGAAAAAAUGUAAUAAUACUUGUAUUCAAAACGAGUGUGAUGCUAAGGAUA